GAGCUGGAUGAAGCCUUCCAUGCUAGCAAAUUCAGCUUUACUACAGUAGUCAGGUUGUAUGGCGCAUUAAUCGUGUAGCGUGGAGUAUCGACUAGCGACGGAAUUGAUCCGAGAGAAGAGCUUCUAUGCUAGCUAGGAAGCGAUCGAUUAGCAUCAGCAAAUUCAAGGCGAACAUCCGUCUAUCUCACGACUGUGACUGACUCUGCUUGCAUGGCAUGGCGUUUCGCGGCUCCACUCUCGCCGUGCCCCUGAGCAUGGCCUCAGACAUGGAAUCAGCACCUGGUUCUUCCGCCGCCCUUCGCGGCCACCUGGCAGACAUGGGAUUCAGGGAAGCGGAAAGCAUAGUGGGAGGUAGAUCGGGCACGGGGGGGGAAGGGCGGGAUCAGCAGUCAGCGAUGGUACUGGCAGCGGUGGCGGAGUCGAUAGAGAUGCUGCGCACGGCGGGGAGCGACGCGGACGAGAAGGAGCGCGUGGCCAUGCAGCUCAGCCAGCUGGCGGAGACCAGCGUCGACGCGCGCGCGGCCAUCGGCUACCACGCGCAAGCCAUUCCGCUGCUCGUGGGGCUCGUGCGCUCGGGCACGCUGCCCGCGCGCACGCAUGCGGCGGCGACUCUGGGGGCGAUCUGCGACGAGCAGGAGCUGCGCGUGAAGGUGCUGCUGGGCGGGUGCAUUCCGCCCAUGCUGGCGCUGCUGCGCAACGGCCCCAAGGACUCGCAGAUGGUGGCGGCGGAAGCGCUCUUCGCCAUGUCCAAGGCGGGUUCGGGUCGCGACGCCGUGGGCUCGCGGAUCUUCGCGUCGGAGGGCGUGGUGCCGGCGCUGCUGCAGCAGCUGCAGAAGCACGCGGGCAUCCACCCGGACGUGCUGGGGCUUGUCACGGGCGCCAUGCGCAACCUGUGCUACGCGGUGCCGGGCUUCUGGCGCACGGUGGAGGCGGCGGGCGGCGUGGAGAUCUUCACGAGCAUGCUGUCCAUGGGGCGCCCCGCCACGCAGGAGAACGCCGCCGCGCUGCUCACCAGCUUCCUCACCAGCCCCUACCUCGCGCACCCCAAUGCGGCCGCCGCGGCCGCGCAGCAGCAGGCCAAGGGCAAGACUCCCGCGGCUACAGUGGCGGCAGCAGCGGCGGCGGCGGCGGCGGCAGCCAUGGAGGGCGGGGAAGGGCUGGAGGAGGCGGCAAAGGCGGCGGCUAGAGUGGUGGAGGCCGGCGCCAUUCCGCCGCUCCUCGCGCUGCUGCAGCCGGGUCGGGAGGUGGCGGUCAGGACCGAGGCGGCUGGGGCGCUGCGAGCAAUCUCAGCCGUGCACGUGGCGGCGCGGGAGAAGAUCGCGGCGGCGGGGGGAGUGGGCAUGUUGAUCCGCGCGACGAUGGCCCCCUCGGCGGAGAUGAUGCAGACGGGGUACGCGCAGGUGCUGCAGGAGAACGCCAUGGGCGCGCUCGCCAACAUCGCGGGGGGCAAGGCGGAGGUCGUCGCGUCGCUGGCGGCGGCGGUGAGCAGCGCACACUCGGACCGCGAGCUGGCGGACAACAUCGGCGCGCUGGCAUACGCGCUGAUGGUGCUGGAGGAGGACGACGAGGAGGGCGCGGCGGAGGACGGCGAGGGCGGGGGCGGCAGCAAGGUGGACGCGGAGGGCAUCGAGCGCGCGCUGGUGGAGAAGCUGAGCCCGCUGCGGCCGGCGUCGGCGCUGGUGCAGGAGCGGUCGAUCGAGGCGCUGGCGAGUCUUUACGGCAACGGCGUGGUGGCGCGCGGGCUGAGCAACGCGGAGGGCAAGCGCAUGCUGGUGGGGCUGGUGACGCUGUCGCCGGGCGACGCGCAGGCGGAACUGGUGGAGGCGCUGUUCAACGUGUGCGUGCAGGGCGCGGACCUGUGGAGCGCGCUGCACGGGCGCGAGGGCGUGCUGCAGCUGGUGGGGCUGCUGGGGCUGUCGACGGAGGACCAGCAGGAGUGCGCGUGCGCGCUGCUUGCCAUCCUCAGCCACGAGGAGGACGAGAGCAAGUGGGCCAUCACCGCCGCCGGAGGCAUUCCCCCCUUAGUGUCGCUCCUGGGGACAGGCACGGCCAAGGCCAAGGAGGACGCGGCGGAGCUGCUGGGUAACCUAUGUUCUUAUAACGAGGAUAUUCGCGCGUGCGUGGAGACGGCGGACGCGGCCCCCGCGCUGUUGCAUCUGCUGGGCAGCGGGACGGAGAGGGCCCAAGCGGCGGCGGCGCGCGCUCUUAUGCGGCUGGUGUCGGGCGGGAGCAGCGGCGCGAGCGGCGCGAUCGGGCAGCUGACGGGCAUUCUGGUGGCGGAGGUGCCGGAGUCCAAGGUGCACGUGCUGCGCGUGCUGGGCCAGCUGCUCGCCGACUCGCCCGACGCCGCGGACGACGGCAGCGCGGCCAACGAGGCGCUUCAGACGCUCGUCGCGCUCGUCGAGUCGGAGCGCGAGGAGACGCAGGAGAGCGCGGCGGCGGUGCUGGCGAAUCUGUUUGCUGCGCGGGAGGAUCUGCGCGAGGGGCCGGUGGCGGCGGAGGCGAUACCCCCGCUGGUGCGGCUGGUGGAGGACGGCGGCGAGCCCGUGGCCAUGCAGGCGGCGCGCGCGCUGGCGGCGCUCUUCUGCUCCAUCGACAGCAACGAGGAGGCGGCGCACGCGGCGAGGGCGAGCAUCUUUCCGCUGGUGAAGCUGGCGCGCGCGCGCGAGAUGGCGGUGGCGGAGGUGGCGACCACUGCGCUCGCCAACCUGCUGGCCAACCCCGAGCUGGCUCUGCUGGCUCCGGCGGACGAGGUGGUGCUGCCGCUCUCGCGCCUGCUGCGCGAGGGCACGCCGCACGGUAAGGAGCACGCGGCGGGUGCGCUGGCGCACCUGCUGCACUCGCGGCCGCUGGACGAGGAGCUGGCGGAGAGCAUCCGCCAGUGCAGCACGGUGCUCGCGCUCGUCGCGCUGCUCGCCGUCGGCGCCAGCGAGGACGCGUCCAUGGCGGCGCUGGAGGCGCUGGCGGCUCUGGCGCGCGCCAAGGCGCAGAAUUGGGGUGGGCAGGCGCCGCUGGCGGUGCUGUCGGAGGUGCCGUACUCGAUGGGCCCGCUGGUGGCGGUGCUGGCGGGGGGCUCGGCGGGCAUGCAGGAGAAGGCGGUGGAGGUGCUGUCGCGCCUGUGCAAGGACCAGCCCGUCACGCUGGGCGACAUGAUCGCCGCCACCGACAACUGCGUCGCCGCGCUCACCGCGCGAAUCACGGAGGCGGAGAGUCUGGAGGUGAAGGUGGGCGGCACGGCGCUGCUGAUCUGCGCGGCGAAGGAGCACCGCGCGGCGACCAUGGCGGCCAUGGAGGCGGCGGGCACGCUGCAGCCCGUCGUGCGGUGCCUCGUGGACAUGCUGGCGGCGCAGCAGCAGUCGCCCGACCAGCAGCAGCAGCAGCUGGAGGAGGGCGACGGUGAGGCCUCGGCGGAGGCGUUGGUGAGCAGCGUGGCGCUGUGGCUGCUCGCCGUCAUGGCGAGCCACGAUCACCCCACGCGCGCGCUUGUCGCGGCGGCGGGGGCGGUGGAGGUGCUGGUGGAUCGCCUCUCGGCGCUGUCGGCAGAGGGGGAGGGGGCGGACGACGCCGGGAUGGACGGUGGGGACGGCACGCAGGCGGGGGACAGCGGGGGGGCGUGGGUGUGCGCGUUGCUGCUGGCGGUGCUGUUCUGCAAUCGCGACGUGGUGCGCUCGCCCGUGGCGCUGAGGGCUAUCCCUCCCCUCGCCUCGCUGCUCACCUCGCCCGACCCCUCGCAGCGCUACUUCGCCGCGCAGGCCGUCGCGUCGCUCGUGGCGAGCGGCAGUCGCGGCACGCUGCUCGCCAUCGCCAACAGCGGCGCCAUCCCGCUGCUCCUCGCGCUGCUAGGGCGCGCGGAGGCGGACGUGGCGCACCUGCGCGCGCUGGCGGACGACUUUGAACUGGCGGGCAGUCCGGAGCAGGCGGCGCUGGAGAAGCUGUUCCGCUGCGACGACAUCCGCGCGGGCCGCCACGGCAGCGUGGUGGUGCCGCAGCUGAUCGCGCUGCUGACGCCCAACGCCGACCAGCCCAGCGCGCCCGCCGUCGCCAUCGGGCUGCUCACGCAGCUGGCGGGCGGCAGCAGCGCGAACCGCGUGGCCAUGGCGGACUACCGCAUCCUGGAGGCGCUCACCACGUACCUCACGCUCGGCCCCCAGGAGGCGAUGGAGGAGGCGGCGGUGGAGCUGCUGCGGGUGCUCUUCCAGGCGGACGACCUGCGCCUGCACGCCGCGGCGCCCGCCGCCAUGGACCAGCUUGUCGCCGUGCUCAGAGUGGGGUCCAGAGGGGCGCGCCUGCCGGCCGCGGCGGCGCUGGAGGCGCUGUUCGCCGUGGACGCCCACCGCGGCAGCGACGCCGCGCUGCACGCGCUGCACCCGCUCGUCGACAUGCUGGGCAGUGGGGGGGCCGCCGCUGCUGGCGCUGCCAGUGGGGCUGCUGGCAGCGGGGCAGUGGAGGGCGAGCAGCGGGCGGCAGCGGCAGCGCUGUGCCAGCUGGCACAGGGCAAUGUGGGUCGGGUGCUGCAGGCGUGUGAGGAGGGGGGCAUUCCGCUCAUGGCCACCAUACAGCGACUGCUGGAGGCCCCAGACCAGCCGCCCGCUGGCGGCGGCAGCAGCUACGACAAGGGGGGGCGGAGGUGAAGGCGGCGGUGGUGGAGCUGCUGCAGAUCCUCUUCACCUUCCCGCGCGCGCGCUCCGGCCCCGUCGCCGCCGCGCUCAUCCCGCCGCUCGUCG